GGAAUUUGCUGGUCCUUUACGGUAAAAGCUGCGGGGGCGGAGUCACAUGAUAAAAUCGGUGAUGCGGCGCCUCUGAAGGGAAGCUGACAAUGUGCAACUCAGCGUCUCCUUCCGCCGUCUCUACGAGCUCUGAGCAGUCUGAUAUCGCUGGGAGGAAAAUGUCAUGUGGGCUGUGGAAAGAGACCCUGGCUGUGGCAGAGGACUACCUGUCCCUCUGCUGUUCAAGCCCCCGGCCAGCCCCUCCACCUCCCAGCGAGUCAGCCGCUGCCAUGAGACACCUGGCCCAGGACAUGGAGAAGCAGCACCAAGCUCGCUUCCAGACGUUGUCUCAGUCUUUCCUGAGGCAAUGUGGCUCUGAGCCCUGUGUGUGUCUUAGGAAGGUUAUGGAAGAGCUGGUAGGAGACGGACACUUGAACUGGGGGAGAGUUGUUUCCAUUUUCACCUUUACUGGGGUUCUGGCCAAACAGCUGUUGGUCCAGAAGGGUUUAAAGCCGGGGCAGGAACCCGAGGCAGGGCAGGAACUGGGACCGGAGCCUGGAACCUGCAGGGAACUGGCAGAGACCAUUGCUGAUUAUCUGGGAGAAGAGAAGAAAGCGUGGCUUUUGGAGAAUGGUGGAUGGGAGGGGUUCUGUGAGUUCUCUCACAGUGCCAGAGAGCUGAGCCAGGACUCGUCCAUGAAGACCGCUCUGUUUGCUGCUGCUAGUGUUGGCCUUGCUGGACUCACCUUCCUCCUGGUGCGCUGAAUCUGAAGUUAGUUCUCAUCCAUGUUCUCAUUCCAUUUGGCCCAUACGAGUGGACAUUUGAGUUUUUCAUUUUUUAAUGCUGCAAAACAGGGCUUAAUCUGUAGUAGAUUCAGGGUUGUUGUCUCAUGUCAUCAGCUGAAUGUUUGCACACCCUCAAAAACCCCCUCCCUCCCACACACACACAUGAAUACUGACAUUUAUUCACCUGCUACUUGAGAUUGUAAAACGAUCUUCUGCCUUCAUGAACUUUGAAGCAGGUGAUGUCAGUUUAUUUUUGGCAGAUCCCUCCAACCGCCCCCCCCCCAAACACAUACACAAUCAUCGUCAUCUCAAAGGUUUGUGUUUUCAUUGUGCAGCUAAAGAAUCUCUUUAAUUUCUAAUGAUUUUUUUUAAAUUGCCUUUUUUCACCUGUUUAGCUGAGUUGUGUAUGUGGGAUAGAACCAUAGUGUACAAUGUAUAAAUUAAUAUAUUAUAUUUAUAUGAACUGAGACUGUAAGGCAGUAACCCUUUUCUAACCCAUCCACAGCAGAGUCAGUUGUUUCCUUCUGUAAAGUUAUCUCUGAUGUGAAACUUCUGAUGUGUACGAUCAACACUUAGCUGAGGACAUUGCUGACAGACCCACAACGGUGCUAUGAAAUGUUGUGAAAUGUUUUUCAUAUCAAUUUGAGUGAGACCAGGGACCAAUCUGACUAAUGACAUAUUGCUUUUACAACAAACUGUUGCUAAUGCUUAAACAUUAUAUUUUUACAUUGUUUUGUUCUAUUUAUUUGUCACUGUUUUUGUAAUAAAGAAAUGAAUGAAUCAAA